AUGGAUAUAUAAAUCAGAUACUAAAAUGAAUAGAUUACUUUUGAAGGAGUACAAUCAUAUGAGGAUUUGUAAUAAGAAAUCUAAUUAAAAUAUCCAUUAUUGAAAAAUAUUGAAUUAUCUUAUUAAGAUGAAGAGAAUGAUAUUAUUUAAGUUUCAAAUACAAGUGAUAUCAUUGCAAUUGUAAGAGUAUGAUUCAUUAUUUCAAGACAGAUAUUAGUAAAGUAAUACUUUAAAUGGAAGCUUAAAUCGAUUAAUUAAAGGUAUAAGAAUUAGAAAGAACUAUAAAAGUGUAAGAAUUCAAAUAAAAACUAAUUGAAGAAUAAAGAACAAACAAAAUAGAAGUAAUUCUAUUAAAUCAUUUAGGAAAUAUAAAAGAAAUGAAAAAAAUUUAAGAAAUUAUUCAUGAGAAAGGCAUAAUUGCUCAUCAAUUUAAUUAACACAUUCAACAAUUAAAGAAUUAUUAACAAUAAUUAAAAGAUUUUUAGAGGAAACCUUUGUCAGAUUUUAAGACAAUUUUUUAUAAUUCAAAUUUAUUUGAUUAAAUAAGAGAAAAAGAAUCCAAUUUAUUAUUAUCAGAAGUAGAACUAUUAAUGUUAUAUAUUAUAGGACAAAAAAGGAUUUAAAACAUAAUUAUAGUCAAUCUAAAAGGAAAUUUAGGAUGCGUUCGAAAAACUAUUUACUUAAAGAAUAUUGGAACAUCAAGAAUUGUAUGCAAAUAGGUUAGAAAACAAAUGCAAGAUAAAUAUGAUUAACCAAGAAAUUUAAAUGGUUGAACAUAAAAAAUAGGAGAUAUUAUAAGAUUUGGAUUAGAAAUAAAGAAGUUUAGAAGAUAAUGUGAUAAGAAAUAAUGCAGAAUUAAAUCUGUUUUAGUAAAAUGAUGAUUAAUUUUGA